GUCACGGUGGUACUAAUGAGUGAGCGGUGUUGUUGUCGCUCAUUCCAUUUAGUGGCUACAUGAGGUACGACGCGCGGGUUGCAAGUCAUGUAUAUUUUUGUGUACACAAAACAUAAAAGUGUUAUUAUGACGUAAUUGGAUCGCUGUUUUCUACCCAGUGCCCAACGUGUGCUCCUAUUACGUGGCUGGCCCUUUCAGUCUAUGGCAAUACGAUUAUACGGCGUUUAUCAAAAUAAAGGAUUUGCUAUUACUGUUUUUUCACACUGUGCCAAGAAAGAGUUUCUAAAAAGCUCAUGAUGUCAUAAGAAGACUGGUUGUGCCAAACUGUGGCCCUGCCGGGGAUAAAGGAUAUCAUUCUCCACGACCGGGGAUGCUGGGCAUGUUCGCACCUAAUCUUUGCCCCCCCCCUCCCCCCAAAUAAAACAACAGAAUAAGGACAAAGAGUAGGAGGACACACUUCACUUGUUACAUCUGAAUCUCAGACUGCCGUCCAACAUGUUGCAUUUAUAUUCUGAGAACCCGAACCACAAAAUCAUGGCCCUCGCUGUCUAACUGUAACGUCAUGCCAUGCGCUGCUGGGGGUGUGUGCUUACUAGGCCUCACCUCCUCCUCAGAAAACGCCCCUGAUACUUCGGAGAGAAGUGUAGUGCCCACUCCCAUAUCUCCCGAGCCGGCAGUGCGUACCUCCACUACUAACGCAAGUACCGCCGCUUCUAUAAUAAUUAUCCCCAACACGGACGUCCUUCACGAACAUCUAAACAUCAGCCAAACCACCGCCGGCAGCAUCAACGACAGAAGCGAUAGAAGCGUCCCCACCAACACCACCCCAACGGCGGCAACAACAAGCAACGGCACCGCCGAGGAGGCCCUCAACAACGGUUCCAUCCUCCCAGGGGCGUACGACACGGCGGACCCCCUGCACCGGAGUCACCACCUCCCGGCGGCGCCCACCUCUACCUAUGCCAUCGCGAUCCUCUCCCUCUCAAUCGUCGUCUUCUCCAGCUCCACCCUUGUCCUCAUCGCCACGCGAUUCACCAGCGGCGGCCGGAGCGCCACACUGGUCUUCCUCCGCAGCUUGUGCCUCUCGGACAUCCUCAUGUCCACCUAUGGCGUGUCCAAAAUGGCCAUGCUCUUGUGUAUGGAGGACCUGCACGUCAACUUCUUCCUGCCGGAGAGUCUGUUCUUCACCGCUUCGCUGGCCUCUACCAUGUCCCUGCUCUCCCUCAACGUGGACUGUUUCGUCAAACUGACCAGGCCGCUCGAGUACGCUCAGGUGGCCCUCGCCCGCCUGCCUUCGCUGCCAGCCCCGGAACCAGACUGUUUCACUGCGAGAGGGCUGGAAGUGAGGAAGUACAGACGCCUUCACCGCACCAUUGUCAUGGAGUCCGGAAUGUGGCUAUGUUGUUACCUGCCUUUCUUCCUCUACCUGGGCCUGGCCUGCCCCCAGUGUCCUCUAUCUCACUACCCGUACAGGGACUCUGCUGUCCUCUACUUCAUCCCCGUCUUCCUGGUCAAAUCGCUGCUCAGCUCAGCGUUACAAGCUGUGAGAACACUACACGUGCACGCCAUUAUGAACAGGCUUUUGGCCGACUUUUCGGUGAUGAGACAUUUGAGGCGGAUGCAAACAAGAGGGAGUGGGAGUGAGGGGAGUGGGGAGAGGGGGCGUGAGCGCCCAGCGCAGCCCAAAAGCGCGGGCGAGACCACCAUCUCGUACAUUAACCCUCUGUGCAGUGACGACGAAGGAGGUGGCGAAAAUCACCAUCAACAAAACCGAAGCAUCACUAUCAUCCCCCAUAGGCAUAACGAUUACCAUCAACGCCAUCAUCAUCACCGCUAUCCUAACAACAACAACAACAACAAUAACCGCCAGAGUUUUCUUAACCAACAGCGACGACGCCCGCAGUCCAGAGAAGAUCACGAUCUGACCCAAACACCGACCCACAAUCACCAACAGUUACAGCCACUGCAGCUGCAACUACAACAACAUUACGAACAACAAGAAGUGCACCACCAGCAGCAACAACAACAGCAACGCCAAAAGUCCCAGUCCCGGUUCACUGUAAGGGAGAGCGACUUCCUGCUUCACCAGGCCAUCAGCGACAGCGACCUGACAGAUCUGACCCACAACUCGGACACACCGCCCAGCGACACCGGCUCGCGCUCCUCCCCCGUCAUGGGCAUUGUCAACCUUGCCUUUCGUGAAUCCAUAGACCUCGGUCACCAGACACUUGAUGAUGUGCCCAUAGAGACCACAGCGCUAUAGGGAUUGCGAUAUAUUCUACCCGUCAGUGUAUAUCUCUGACAGACAACAAUGCUAUAGAGGCAUUGCUAUAUCUGCCACCAGUGGGAGUAUAUUAUCUCUCCCAGACCACAGUGCAAGCAUUGCUCUUCUACUCGUCAGUGUAUAUAUCUCGCAGACCAUAGUGUUAUAGGCACUGCUGUCUCUCUUAUCGGUCAGUGUAUAUCCGUCACAGUUUUCAGUGCUGAAGUCGCUGCUGUAUCUCCUAUCCGUCACCGUCAAAUUAUAACAUGUGUGCAUACCAUAGUGCUAUAUAUAAGUAGAGUUGUAUCUCCUAUCGGUCAGGUCAUAACAUGUGUACAUACCACAGCGGUAUAGGCGACUGCAGGAUCUCCUACACGUCAGAUCAUAUCUCUCACAGACCACAGGGAUGUAGGCAUUACCUCAUAUCGUCUAUCAGUCUGGUUAUAUAUGAUAAAUACCACAGUGCUGUAAGCACAAGUGCAUCUAUCAGUCAGACCACAGCGCUAAAGCACUGCUAGUAUCUUCUAUCAGUCAGAUUAUAACAUGCGUCACAUACUAUAGCACUAUAACUAUAAGCAUUGUCGUAUCUCCUACAAGUCAUGUGAUAUCUCUCGCAGACCACAGCGCUAUAAGCACUGCUGUUAUCUCCUAUCGUAUCAGCCAGAUGAUACACGCAACAGACCACAGCGGUAUAGCACUGCUAUAUCUCCUACAAGUCAGGUCAUAUCUCUCACAGACCACAGAGUGUAGGCACUGAAGUGCAUCCUGUCCAACAGAUUAUAUAUGUCUCAUAUCACAGAGUCUAAGCACUUCUGUAUCUCCUACUAGCCAGCUUAUAUCUCUCAAAAAACCACAGCGCCACAGGUACUGCUGUAUAUCCUACCAGACGUCAGACUUUACCUGUCACAGCAACUGUUGGUCUCAUGUAUUAAGUGCCGUCCUCUUUCCCUUGUCAAAUUAAACCUUUAUUGUAUGUUUACUCUCUCGAUCGCUCUUUCCGUGAAAUUAAAGACAAAAUCAGGUGGGUCCAAACUUUUGGCAUUUCCCAAGACCCCAAUAAAGACGAUUUACGAACGAG